GAGCCAAUAGUGUUUCAGGUGACAUGACAACAGAAAUGUGAGGCAAAGUCGAAUAGUGUACUGACCACUGUGAUUCUUGUUUUGUUUCCAAAACUUCAUGGGUUGAUGAGAAAUUUCAAUUAUUUGCAUAAAGAUGGAUGGAAGUGAAGCAGCCAACAAGCCCCAUAUGGAAACUGCCAAUGACGACACAAAUACUGCUGGUCUUGAACCUUCACCACAGCCAUCAUCUUCUGGUAUGGCAGCUGGACCGUCUGUUGUUCAAACUUCAGGGGCAAGUGAGAAGAAUGGUGGAAGUGUUGGUCCUCAAGGUAUCGUUAUUCUUCAACAACCAAGACCGGGGUUUGUAAGGUCUUUCAAGCAAGCCCAAGUGCUCCCACAAAUUAAGAUGAAACCUACAGGCAUUAUGCCAAAGAAGAACAUCCUCAAGGAGAGACCUGUGAUUGUCAAGAAACGCUUACCAUCACCGGGGUCUCCACUUCAAGGAGUGCAGACUCCACCACCAAAGACUGCACCACCAGAAAAAGAGGCAGAGGCAGUAGCCUCUGCAAAGGCAACUGCUUCUGCUGCUGCUGCUGCUGCCGCUGCUGCAGCAGCUGCGAGAGCCAGGAAGACUCCACCUCCCUUCAACCCUCUGGGAUCAAACCUUGCCCCCAAACCUCUUACUCAAACCUCUGGCUCAGGUGGAACUACCUUGGUUCCAACACCUGCUGCACCUAAAAAUGUCAUACAAACAAUUAAAACUGAGGGUGCAGGAUACAUACUGAAUCAGGUUGUUCCUAAGGGUCAGUCUCCUGUUCCGACUCCUGCACCUCCAAAAACUAGUGUUCCACAGCAACCUCCACUGAAGAAACUUGCUUUUUUGGCUGCUGCUCCUCAUGGAAAGAAUGAGAACGUGCAACAAGUUAACAUAAAGCCACUUUGCCAGGUACCUGUAAUAAGACGAGAUUCACAGUCUGAGCAGCAGCAGCAUCAACUUCAACAGCAACAACAAACACAGCAACAGCUGCAACAGCAGCUUAGACCACUGAAAGUAUUUGUAGCCAACCAUCAAGCCCUUAGUGGAGGAGAUGGCAAGGCACACAUUAAAACAGCUCAUAUGGACAGUUCUGGAAAAGUUCAACUCGGUAAGGUUAUACAUGGCCUACCAAAAUCUAGACUUGUACCUGCUUCGAUAUCCCCUAAAAUUGUUGUAGGUGCACCUGUUAAACCAACACAGACAGGUCCAGUUGGGGCACCACAACAUGUGAAAGUAUCUGGAAUUCAAACAAUUCAGCAGUCAAUCCCUAAUGCACAGCCCAAUACUACUAACCAACCACAGCAAGUAACAGUCUCAUCUGCAAAACUUCAAGGCGGUCAAUUCCAGUUUGUAGCUGCUAAUGGACAGAAAUAUGUACUUACUUCUUCACUGUUUCCCACUUUAACCACAACCUCUCAGGCCACACUUACUCCUGUACAGACCAGUGCCAGUAAUGCAAAUGCUGCUGGCCCGGUAGCUGCAGGCAACCAACCAAUUACUGUCCAGCUCAGUUCUGGUGCACAGAUAAUCCGUAAUCGGAGCUCUCAGGUCCAAUCGGGCAAAACAAGUUUACAACAGGUAUCAGGGUCAAUUGUGAAGGGUAAACCAGUGCCUGUUCAGCAGGCUCUUGCUAAGAUUGCUGCCUCUGCCCAGGUUUCUGGAGGUCAGAGAAUUCAAAUACUUCCCUCUGGGAAGUUAAUUCCUGGGUUGACCCUGGCCAGUGGUAGUCCCACCAUGAUAUCACCAGGGAUCAAAUCACCACAGGCAAAGAUCACCACCCUUGGGCAAGUUGGUGCUCUUACAAACUCUCAGCAGGGUGGCAAUCCUCAGCAACAAACACAAGGUCAGCUCCCUACCGGAACCAUUGGUCCACCCCCACCAACCUCUGCUCCCACAUCAUCUAUGAACCUUGUGUACCAACAACCCAUCCAGGGUGCUAAGAAUACCAUUAUGGUGGCCAAGCCUUCAGGAAGUGGCAACCAACAACCAAAGAAACCUAGUGGCACUUUGCAACAGCUCAUCCCUCAUCAUAUCAUAGCUGGAGGCAACAAUCAGAUUCUGCUCCAGUCAACUACUAUGCCAUCACAACCAAUUAGGACUAAACUUGUCCAAGCACCAAUACAGAUUUCUAGUGCUCCAUCAUUUUCAAAUGGUAGCAAACCACAAGCAAAGCAACCAGACAUGCAACAAACAAUGCAACCACCACCUCCUCCAUCUGCUCCGAAUGCAACACCAAGCAGUGUUAGCCAAUCAGGUAGUACUUCAACUGCAAAUCCAGCCCUGAUGCAGCCUCAGCUUCUACAGACAUGUGGUGCCCAGGCUACUAUUGGACUCAUCCAGGUACCAAUGGUAAACAUUGGUCAUCCUCUCCAGCUACAAUCGACUGCCAGUUCAACCAGUAUGACCCCUAAUCAGUCUGGUACUAUCUUGGCUAAGAGUGGAAACACCACCCCACAAUUGGUACCAAGUAAUGCCAUUUCUCCUGGUCAAAUAUUCCAGCUGGUGCAGGGUCCAGGAAAAGUACCUGUACUGUCGCCAGCGAUCAAAGAAAUUGAGGUCAAACAUGCUUCUACACCCAUUCAUAUUGCACCUGCUGUGAAAGCCCCUGUGAAACCUUUCAAGCCAAGUGAAACAGAAGAGCCAGAAAAAGACAAAGAUGGGUGUGAAGAACCACUAUCUAGCAUCGAUAUAGCACUCAAGUAUGGAACAUUUCCUCAGGCUCCAAUUCCAAUGAAUAAACGUAAGGCUUCUGAAAUGAUGGAUGAAUCUGAAGAGAAAAGUAUUCACAAAGCACUCAAAGUUGAAGUUAACAGGCCAGAGGAAGAGAAUGUUGAGUUCUCAUGGGAGGACUAUCUGGAUAUUACUGGAGCUGCAGCUGCACCAUCCUCAACCUUCUCUCAUGUGGAAUCUAGUCUGAUAUGCUAUGUAAAGGUCGGAAUGAAGGUGGAGGUACCCAAUCCUAUAAUGACUUAUCCUAUCCAUGUCAAAAGUUACUGGGUAGCAACCAUCAUAGCUCUCUCUGGCUCCCUCAUGCUGUUGAGGUACGAUGGAUGGGAGGAAGGGGACCGCUCAGGGGACUUCUGGUGGGACCUUGUCUCCAUGGAAGUCCAUCCAAUUGGAUGGUGUGCCAGGAAUGGAUAUGUCCUAACACCACCAAAUACUCUUAUCCAUAAACCAAUCAACUGGCAAGACUUCCUGAUCCAGACUCUUACAGGCACAAAGACCAUUCCAGAGCAGAUUUUGAAAGGGGCUCCAAACAGCCUUUACCCAGUGUUGAGGCUCAAGAAAGACAUCCAGGUGGACGUUAUAGAUGAGAAGUGCCCUCUACAGGCCUGGAUCUGUACAAUCAUUGAAAACUAUGGAGGUCGUCUGAAGCUGCGUAAUAUGGGGUAUCCUGACGGUGAUCAUGACUUCUGGCUCUUCUACCAGUCAUGGCGGGUUCACCCUGUAGGCUGGGCCAAGGAAAGAAAAGUGGCUGUUGGUCCCCCAAAAUCUGUGAAAGAUUACAAUGCCCAUUGUCAUUCUGGUCAUUAUGCUGCCAUGUACAGGAACUCUCUAAACAAGGCAGUAGAAUCACUCAAUCUACCAGCUGAGCUGUUCAAGGAGCAUAACAAAAUCACUGUCCACAAGUUCUUGGCUGGAAUGCGAUUGGAAGCUGUCAACCCCAAGGCUCCAUCCCAGAUAUGUCCCGCCACCAUCACCGAGGUCUUCAAUAUUUACUUCUUCCGGGUCACAAUCGAUGACCUUCGACCUGAGGGUGAGAGGGAGGAGAUCCAUAUGACUUGCCAUGGCAUGUCCGGAGGGAUCUUUCCUGUUGGUUGGGCUCAACAGACAGGUGUCACUGUCACCCCACCAAAAGGCUAUGUCACUGUUCAGCCAGAUGGCCACUUCGAUUGGAAUACGUACCUGAGACAUGUUAAAGGAAAGCUUGCAAAUAAAAAUAUAUUUAAGCUGACAUCUGAGCAUGAAUUCCAGCAUGGCAUGAAGCUAGAGGCCGUCAACCCCUUCAAUGCCAACCAGAUUUGCCCUGCCACAGUGACCAAGAUAGCUGGCCGCCACAUGUGGUUGCACUUUGAUGGUAGCAAACUUCCCAACCACAUUGUUGAUGUGGAUUCAAUGGACAUCUAUCCGGUUGGAUGGUGUGAGAGUAAUGGUUACCCUUUGAGAACACCCAAGAAACUACUAGCAAGGAAAGCAAAGCGGGUUGCCAUUGUUUGGCCUGAGAAGCAGAGGUUUGCGCCAAUGAGCCCUGGACGAGAUCUCUAUCAUAGAGUAAGGGAAGUGAGAGAGGCAGCUAAGGAUGAAGAAGGAGCAGAAGAAGAUUGGAUCAACAAGGUGUACUACAAUCACAAGUGUUUCUCGGGUCCUUACCUGAACAAGGGACGUAUCGCUGAGCUUCCCAAGUCUGUGGGACCAGGCAUGGUACCCUUGGUGCUAAGAGAGGUGCUCCACAUGCUAAUCAAUGCUGCUUACAAGCCUCCUCGUGUGCUCCGGGAGAUCCAGGUUGAGAAUGAAGAGACGGCAGGAAUGAAUGGCUCCCUUCAUGUCAUGAAGGCUAAAUACAAGGGUAAGAGUUACCGUGCCAUGAUUGAGUUAUGCAAGACAGCCAGCGAGGUACCAAGUUUCCUGAGAAACACCUGUCUGAGUUUAGAAUGUUGUCCUAAUCUGAUCUCACUGCAUCAGGUACAAGAUAAUUGCCCAGAACAGUGCUUCAACCUCAACAAGAGUAAAUACAUACAAGCAUAUGGCAGGAAACACAAGCCGGCCCGUCUUGGAAGACCACCUGCCCCUAAGCCUCCGGCCAAGACAAGUGAGAAGAAGGGGAAUGGGCGCAGACGUAAGAAGAGGCGGCAACUUUUCAUCCAUCGGAAGAAACACAACAAUCUGAAGCCAGAGUCACCAGAGAAAACUAGAGCUGAAGGAGGGGUUCAAGGCGGAGGUGGAGGGGAUGCUUCUACAGCAUUAGGCAAUGCUGAGGCAGAUGCCAGGAGGAGGGAAGUACUACACUCAGCAAAGAAACCACUAGUCAGUAGAGCUAAAGCACUGCUUGACUCUGCAAAAAGAACAAAGCUUCAGCACAGUACUCCUAAGUUGGUUCUACCUCAUCGAGAGAGGGGAACUAAGAUGAAGACCUUUGCUGCUAGACUUACAUCAUCUAGAGCUCAGAGGAGGGAGGAAGAGAGGGAGAGGAUGGAGCAACAAGAGAAACAACUCAUGCAACAACACCAGAAGAAGUUGCAGCAACAGCAGAAGCAACUGGAGCAGCAACUACGUGCAGAAGACCAAAAACAGAAACAUGCCAAAGAUAAGAAGCAAACACCCAGCCCAGUGAAGAGUGAAAAUACUUUGAAGUUGGAGAGUAAUCCUCUUCAUUGGAGUGUUGAUAAAGUCGUGAAAUUUAUCAAGAAGACAGAUUGUGCCAAUCUUGCCAAAACGUUCAAAGAGCAGGAGAUUGACGGUCAGGCCCUUCUCCUCCUCACACUGCCUACAGUACAAGAAUGUAUGGAACUGAAAUUAGGACCUGCCAUCAAGCUUUGCCAUCACAUUGAACGGGUUAAGAUAGCAUUCUACGAGCAGUAUGCAUCAUGACAUCACAAAUAUAUCAAAUUGAAAAGCAAAUCAACAAACCCCAUGAACUGUUUUAGGAAAAGAGAAGGUUCAUUCAGGUAAUCUGUGAAAGUAUUCACCAAUGAAUCUUGCCCAAAGUAGGAAACCAAUAAUCAGGGAUUAUUGGGAAAUAGGAGAGGUUAGAUGGCAUUCUAUGAGCAGUAUAUGUCAUAACAUCUAUCAUAUAAAAAAAAAAAAUGAUAUUCUACGAGUUAACUAUGUACCAUCAUUGUAUAGCCAGUUUCUAGAAGGAGUAUUAGGUCUUUACUGGCUUUGGGUGGUCAGUAGAACAAAUGGACACUGUAAGAGGUGACUGAAGCAAUUUUGAAGUAUAGAACUCUUCAAAAUGUUUCACAAACCCAGGAUUUCAACAAGCUACAAUUGGUGAGGGUAAUGCAGGCCGAAAUGUAUUGAUUUUUACCUUCAUGCAACUUUCAAAUUUGCAGGGGGUCCUAAUUCUUGAAUGAUGGUACUUAAAAGAUUCAAACUACUCUAUAUGUAAAACCGAUGUGUAUAGUUUACUUGCUGUUUGAAGAAGUUUUGAACAUGUUAUCAUGAUACAAAUGCCAAUAUCCCAUUGUGUAACUUAUUGUAGAGGCCACAGGAAUCACUCUUGCAAUUGUAGAGCUAAUGUACUAUUUGUAUAGGAGAAGGGUGUCAUUUGUAGUGCUCAGUGUAGUCACCUUUUGCAGGCUCUCAUCAAUUCAAUCUGCUCAUUUACAAAACUUGUACAUUAAAGGGAAAAGUCUGGUUUAGCAUUCAACCAACUUGCGUUUGGAGGAUAUUGGUUCUCUCAUUUCGGUCAUUUCUCAGUUAUAAUAGUUUUUCUUUGUGCUUUACAUUUGAUUUGUAAAGCACUAAGAGACUUUAUAGUCAAAGUGUAUCGGUGAAAGCAGGAUAUUAUUUUUAUCAAAAUGGUUGUCUAUUCCAUCAGUUCUCAGAGGAGCUUGUAAAAAAUCAAAGAUCACAGUGAUUCAAUUUGCUUAAUACUCAUUUUCCAAAUUGAGAUAUUAGAGCUUUACUUUAUGCAUGUAUAUUACUUUUCUGACGAAAAUUAACUUGCAUUGUAUUACUGAAUGAUGAUGAAAUGAAAGAUAGUCUUUAGCCAAAAUAUGCAAGUACUCUUGUCUUGAAUUGGUUUGAAAUUUUAAACUCACCUUUGCCACCGUCUUUCUGCAUCAAAAUGUGUGAGAAACAUUAGCUGCAGUAGAAACCACAAAAAUUCUUGAGAGUAUUCUUUUACCCUAUGUUUGGGAAAUGUAAACUGGGUUCCAAAAGAAACUGAUCAACCUUUACAAGGGCACUGCACAAAUUCCACUCAGUCAAAAUGAACAAUAUUUUUACACAGGCUAGUUUCAAUAAUAUACAGUGCGUAUAAAAAAAAAGUUUACACUUCGAAAAAAAUCCUGUAAAAUUAUACUAUUGUAAUAUCCUGAAGAUUUUUCCACACUUUAACAUUGGUACAGAUCCAUUUAAGCAAAUGACGAUAUAUCUGUCAAAAAAUAUUUCCGCUUGAGUGAGCACCACUUACUUUAAAAAUGUUAGUGAAAAAUGAUUUGCGCAGAACUUUGAAAUAGUUAUGCGAAUAAAAGUAGACCUUAAUCAUGAAGAACAUGUGGAAUUUAGCUAGUAAAAUUGAUUUGAAGAUAUCUUUCACCUUUUUAACUUGUUUCCUUGCCCAAAACACUUCGAAGAGUGCAUUGCGCCUCACCACACUCCCCCCCCCCACACCGAGGCCAUCGUGACGAUAUUUGCUUUACACUGAGCUGUGAUUUACAUGAAAUGGCUUAGGCUUGAUUUUUAUUUUGGUAAUCAUUGUCAAGCUUGGGAAAAGUGUGGAGAAACAAGUAUUAAAUGAAAAAUGAAAUUUAAACCCACUUUAAAUGCUGGAGAUGUCUGAUAUAAACUUUUGUUCAGAUUCAGUUAUGUCCUCAGAUCCAGCUGGCACAAAAAGGGUAAAGGUUGUGCUUACUAAGUGUUGAAAUUCCACUUUGGGUGGCAAAAUUGUUACAAAAUGCUUGAAUGUAUCCGAUUUAUUUCAAUUGACUAAAAGUGCAAGGGAAAUGUUUCGCAGGGUAAGUUUGACUUCGCCCUUUCCCCUUGACACAGCGUGAAAACUAGCAUUUCUGUGCAAACAGAUUUCUGCGAGCUUUACAAAAAUGUUCAGUGCUCACUCAAGUGUAACAUUCUGUCAAAACUUUUACUUUCAUUGGAUAGAUGAGACCUAAACCCAAGAUUAUAUGUGAAAAAAAUACCCACACGUUGUAUAUUUUUUAAUUCCCAGGGCUUUUUCAAAGUGUAAACUUUUUGUUGAUACGCACUGUAUAAUCUUUACUAAGCACAUGUCAAUAAUUAAGAGAUUGGUUCAAUCGCAGAGAGGUUAUAGCCCCUCACAUCGAUUGGUUUCAGAAUCCAAAGUCACAAAAUGGCAAUAGAAAGACCAAUGAAAAUGAGAUGGGAUUAAACAAGCUUCCCAGUUUGUUACACAUGUCCUUCAUGGGCAUGUGAUUGGCUCAAUCACAAAGAAGCUACAGGAAAUUAACUUGAAAAUUUUAAAUGACUAGACCAAUCACACAGCCACCCCCCCGCGGGAUGUCUCUAUAAGUGGGGGAUAAUCUGAACACGAAGUAUGUCUGUGUGUAUCUCACUCAGCCACAUACAAAUGAUGUCAUGUUCAGAUUAUCCCCCUCUUACCGGGAUAUUCCCCGGGGAUCUGUGUGUGACUGUGUCUGUGUAAUUGUUCCAGUCAUUUAAAACUUUGAUCUUAACUUUCUGUAGCUUCUUUGCGAUCAAGCCAAUCACUUUUUAGGACAUUGUGAUAAAAUGGGAAGUUUGUGAAAUCCCAUCUUCUUUUCAUUGGUCUUUCUUUUGCCAUUAGUGACUUUGGAUUCUGAAACCAAUUGAUGUGAGCGCUCUAGCCUCUCUGUGAUUGAACCAACCUAUUAAAUAUUGACGAGUGCUUUGUAAAAUAUUGUUUUGAUUGAGUGGAAUUUGUGCAGUGCCUUUGUAAAGUUUCUUUUGGAACCCAGUUUAUAUUGUGCCACAAGUAUAAAUGGAUUGUAAGUACUGUAUGUGAUGUGUGAUAUUAAUUUUAUGAUUGUAAUGGGUGAGAAAUUAGAAAUAGUUAUGUUUCAGGUUAUGCUUUAUAUGAUUUUAUAAUUGGUGCUAUUGCUAUACUCGAUAUUCUUAAGAAUAAAAUGGCCAAAGCUUCAUGUAACUAAAUAUGAAAUAUAUGUAUGUACUAAAAAUGAUAAUAUGCAUGAAUUUGCUGCUCUUGAUUAUAUGAAGUUGAAUGUAAUCAUAUCAGAAGUAAAUAGCUAGAUAUGAUUUAAAUGAAAAUUAUUUUCAUUAAGAAGCUUAUUUCUUUCUGUUGAGAGAUGAAAUUGUAAUUACCUUAAUAUUAUUUAGAAAACUAACAUUUAUUAAAGAUGAGAUUUAGUUAUUUUUAGUCUUUAUACGCAAGUACAUUAUUUGCAAUUUUUGCCUCGUCUUGGUAAACCAAGACUAUAGGCGUAGCUAUCCAGCUAUGGCAGAGCUAUCAUCGUCAACAUUGAAAUCUUAACCAAUGUUAAGUUUUUUAAAUGUCAUAACUUUAAUAAAUAUAUAUGGUUCUAUUUCUUGAAACUUUGGCAUGAGGGUAAUCAAAUAUGACUAUUCGUUUUGCACGAGUGUCAGGUCACAUGAUCAAUUCCAAAGGUUUAUUUGGGGUCAAUGAACUUAGAAUUUUAUUAUCAAAUGAAUCGUGUUUUUUUUUUUAAUUAAUUCAUCUUAGUUUUCAAACUCAGCAUUGCUUCUACAUUUAAAUGCAUGAUACAGAUGAGACUGCCAGAGGUGUUCCAGUAUUGAAAAAUAAAUCACUAUAA